GCUGGUACACCCCACAACCUACCUCUCCAUUUGCGAAAGAAAAAGAAACCUACCGCUCUCCGACCGUCCAUGGCGCCGGCGGCGGUCCGGCCGUGGGGGGAGCUGCAGCACGACCUCCUUGUGGCGAUUAUGUCCCGCGUGGGCGCCCCCGAUUUACUUUCUGGCGGCGCACCCCGUACCUGCUCUGCGUGGUGGGCCGCCGCUCGCGACCCGCUCGCAUGGCGCCGCGUUGAUCUCCGGGACUGGACAGCCCGGACCUCCGCCCGGCGCGCGGCUGGGACCGGUGCCACCAGAGGGAGCAUCUCCGUCCAGGCCGCUCUCACCGGCGACCUUGAGGUCGCCGCAACGCGGGCAGAUGGUCGGAUGGAGGCUGUGCUCCUCCCUGAGUUUGCCGAUGAAGAGCACCUCAUGUUCCUCGCCGAGAGGAGCCCAAACCUGCACUAUUUCAGCUUUCCUACCACAUGUAUGACUUCUGAUGACUUCUGUAUGGCGAUCACCAAACUUCAGUCACUUAAAGGCAUGGCGGUGGAUGAGAGUCUCAUUAAUUAUGAUGUCCUCCUCCAUGUGCACCAAUGUUGCACAGACUUUCUGGAACUGAAAGUGUUUGCUCUCUAUGUGGAUGAAGAUAUGGCCUAAGUAGGAUAAAAACAUCAAAAGAGAACACACAGCACUAAGUAGUGAGCUGCUUGAAGGGCAUGAUGGUCAAAUUUAAAAUUAACCAAUUAUUAGUGUAUGUACUUCGGAGUGCUGCUGUCAUCUUUGAUGACUCCUGGCUACCAUAUUGCAUGCCAAUUUUGGGUGACUAGUUUUGAGCACUGUUUUAGAGAAACAAAUCUUGUUGCCCAUGAACUCAGCAAAGCUAGCAAAACGUGUUGUAUAUGUACUGUAAUAGUUUCUCCAAUUUCAA